AUAUGCGCGAUGGAUGUUACUGCGGAAAUCAAAACAGUGAUACCCAGAAAUCGAUUGAAAGAGUAGAUUUCCAGCCUCUAUGAGGCCUUUAGCUACUUGUUAAAAAUAGGAUACAACUAUAGUUGGAUAAUUGUCGCCUGCUUCAGAAUAUAACGGCAAUGAGCGUUCGUAACCGUGUUCGAAAGUCAUUUUCAAAAUCGCUUAAGGGGAAAGCCUGCAAAUUUCGAUUCACAGUCACUUAUGAAUACGUCGACUUAAAAUGCAACAACAGAUGGCAGCCUUCUUGCUUGAGCAUUGUUUGGUUCAGAAGUCACCGUUCCAAAGUAUCAGAGAAGCCCACUUCAAAAGUGUCAAUUACUGAUGAAAAGACAGGAAUUGUUAGUUAUGCUGCCAACUGGUUUCCACCCAACUCUGUGGACUUGGUUGUCACGCUUUACAAGGAUUUUACUGGAGUCAUGUUUAGGAAGAAAGACUACAUGUUUGUCCUUGAAAAUGUUACUGCAGAUGCAAGGAAGAAACUUGCUAUUUUCCCUUGUAACAUGGCAGAGUAUGCCUCUCUUGACAUGGAAGUAUUUGAUUUGGAGAUGGAAUUCAAACCCCUUUCCAAGAAGAUUGUAUCUGCAAGGAUUGGAGCAAAAGUUAGAUGUGAAUUUAUUAAGGAGGGAAGAGCAGAUGAGGAUGAUAUGCAAAGCAACUUUAGUCAUCUUAGUGAGGCAGAAUUCAAGUCAAGGUUGUCUGAACUGGCAGAAUGUAGUGAUGAGGAGGAGGAAGAAGAAGAAGAAGAAAACAGUAAACCAAGGGAAUUAAAUAAAUUGGCUGACCGUUCUAAACACACAUGGUCUCAAUUUAUUGAUGAAAUGAAAACACUAGAGUACAGAAAUGUGGCCAUGCUGGGAAAUCCCCUUGCAGAUGUUACGGUCAGCGGUAACAACCAAGCCUAUGCAGAUGAUACGAGUAAGGAAAUUACACACGUAUCCCAAGAAACAGCGUCAGAAGAAGCAGACACCAAACGCAGCAAACUUUUGGAAAGAGACAGAGACAGAAGAAAAGUUGUCAGUGCCGCCUUUGAAGAUUUAAAAGAAUCAACGAUACCAGAAGAGGAUGGGGAGGAAGACCUGGAGGACAUGUCCAUCAACUUGUCGAGUUCAGCGAUGUCGUCACUGAGUUCUUUCAAAAACAAGUUUCAGUUUUCAUUCUCUGGAAAGAACAAGCGCAGGUCAUCAGACUCUUCGUCCGCAGAGCUACCAGGAAAUAUUGAGACCGUGCCUUCUGAAACUCGUGAAAAGAGAGUCUCUGAUUGGCUGCAGGAAAAUCCUCAUGAAGAUGGCGAUAGUCAACUGAGAGUCGAGCAACUUGAGAAAGAUAACAUGAACUUGAGAGCCGCUUAUCAAAAGCUUGUAACCAAAGUAACCGACUUGGAAAAAGAGAAGACGGACAUGCAAUCUGAAUUGGAACAGCUGGGGAUAAUGGCGGAAUUCGGAAAGUCAGACUUUGCCAGGGAAAGGGAUGAAUUACAGGCAGAAAUUACCGAGCUGCAAAUGUUAGUUGAAGACUUGAGGAUGCAGCUUGGAGAGGCAGAAUCCAAAUUGACAGACACGUCGGAAAAGGAAGUUACAACAGCAAGUUAUGAAUUGUGUGAAGUCCGUGGCUGGUUAUGCAAGAGAGGCGUGAAAGGCCUCACGGGACGGAAAUGGAGACGCCGCUGGUUUUCAACCGAUAAGGAUAGCAGGCUCUACUAUUAUCAAAAAAAUAACAACACAUCACCAAGAGGCUUUAUAGAUCUUGAUGUAAUUAUUGCCGUCCAAGACCAGCCUCCCUCACAGCAGGACAUCAACAAUGCUUGCUUCAAUGUGGUGACUCCCACAAGAACAUACGAGCUUAUGGCACACGAUGAACAGGAAAAGCUCAGGUGGAUCAAUGCUUUGGAUUAUCUCCGCCACUGGAGAAACCGUUUGGCGUCCUCCAACGAAAACAAAUAAUAGCACCCUUGCUGGUCCUCCUCUGGCUUUGGCCGGUUUCCAAAAGAAUAUAGGUUGCAGUUAUGAACAAUUUACAGCUAUUUUCUUAGUCAUAAUGAAAGAAAAAUAUGGAAAUUUUAAAGCAUAACAUAUUUCUUUAAGAGUUAUUUCUUGAAUUUUUGGGCUAUUAUCUGAAGUUUUCGAAGACAGCUGCCUCUCAUAGUUCUACAGCCUGAAUAGCAUAGAUAUGAACAGAAACAUUAAGCUAAAAGAGUCCGAGAAUAAACAGGGGCUAUAUUUGAAGGCAUUGGCGGAACCACAGAGGACGCGCGUGUAGAAAGUCGUUCCGGAAGUGGUAAUAUUCUCUUGUUUACAGUGGUGCUACCCAGUAGUGAUAUCAUUUUCACUCUUAUUGCUUUGAAAUAAGUAAGAAGUUACAAAAUGAGGCUUCGUUAUUAUAUAGAUAUUGAUGAAAUACCAGAAUUUGGAGCAACUACAGAAUACAGGGCCACUGAGGUCCACUCCAUGGGCAUGCUCUGAAGAACUAGGCAGAACACAAAAGGAUGUGUGGUGAUUUAAUGAGAUAGAAAUAAGUGACCCUGUCCUCUGUAGUUUUAUCCAGAAUUGCUCCUUUUUCAAAAAACAUGCAUUCACCGCGCGCAAUGAUCGCACUAUAUUACUAUCUUAACAGGUGAAGAUAUUUUUGACUUUGAUUAAAUUACGAACAUUGCUGA